GACCCGCCCUUCUCCCAGCGACUGCGCUAUCAUUGGCUAAGCCGCUGGCAGUCACCCGCAGAACGGCCUGUGAUUGGUUGUGGGGAGGGCGGGGUUCCAUGCGCGGGCCAGCUGCGGGCAGCUGGUUGCGGGCGCGCUCCCCGGCCCCGGCAUGGCUGUGAUGGGGGUGCAGCUGGCGGUGAGCCUGCUUACGGCGAGCAUCAUGCAGAGGAUGUCCCCGCACUGCUCCUUCGCUCGCUGGCUGCUCUGCAAUGGCAGCCUGUAUCGCUACAAGCACCCUUCGGAGGAGGAGUUGUAUGCCCUGGCAGGGAAGCAGAAGCCCAAGGCCAAGCGAGACCGGAGGCUGAACGGGGUCACAGAAGAUAAACCCCUGUCAGUGCCCAAGGACAUCAACUUGCAUUUGGAGACCACCCCAAUAACCACAGUGGAUGCUCUUGUGCUGCGCUAUUUCCUGGAGUACCAGUGGUUCGUGGAUUUUGCCGUCUACUCCACCCUCGUCUACCUCUUCACUGAAGGCUACUACUGCCUGGCGGACCCCCGGAAGGAGAUGAAUAUUGGCAUCCUGUGGUGCCUGCUUACAGUUGUCUUCUCCGUCAAGAUCUUCUUCAUGGUCAUGCACCACUACUUCCGCUCAGAGGAGGGGGGCGAGCGCUCCGUCUGCCUCACCUUUGCCUUCUUCUUCCUCCUCAUUGCCAUGGUGGUGCUCGUCGUGCGGGAGGACUACUUGGAGUUCGGCCUCGACUCGGGGCUUGCCAAUGUCAGUGAUAACCUGGAGAUUUUCUUAAAGCAGCGAGGAUGGGAAUGGACAGUUCCCAUCACCAAACUGACCUUCAAGCUGGGGCUGGUGGCCCUUUGUUCCUUCAUUGGCGCGUGUCUGACGUUCCCGGGACUGCGGCUGGCGCAGACUCACCUGGACGCUCUGAAGAUGGCCGCAGACAGGCCAAUGACCCAGAUCCUGCUCCACGUGAGUUUCCUGGCACCCCUGGUCGUGGUGGUGAUGUGGAUCAAGCCCAUUUCCCGAGACUUGUUGCUUCAUGCACCCAUGGGGAAACAAACGGUCCAGAUCAUGUCGGACGCUGCCUACAACUCCACGCGCCUCUGGACUAUUGUCGCCCUCGGCCUGCUGCGCCUGGCCAUGGCGCGCCACCACCUGCAGGCCUACCUCGGCAGCAGAGCGCUGGGUGGAGCAGAUGAAGAGGGAAGCUGGGCGCAUCACGCUCUGGAGAUCCAGCGCCAGGUCACAAGGAUUUACUGCUACGUCACCGUGGUCAGCCUGCAGUACCUGGGCCCCAUCAUCCUCACGCUGCACUGCACGCUGCUUCUCAAAUCGCUGGGCAACUACUCGUGGGGCCUGUUCCCCGAACCCCCACCCGUCUCCCUGGUGGUGGGUGUUGCACCGGCCCAGCCCGCUGCUCCCUCGGCUGAGGAGGUGGGAGGAGAGGACAUGCAGGCCACGGUGGCGCAGAUCACGGGCGUGCUGGGUGCCAUCCUCACCCCGCUUUUCUACCGCGGACUCUUCGCCUUCCUGACCUGGUGGGUGGCCCUUUGCCAAGUGAUCACCAGCCUCUUUGGUCUCUACUUCCACCAGUACCUGGCAGCCUCCUAACCACAGCUGCAGCGGGGCCAAGGGGCCCCAGGACCUGCAGGGCCCUGUGUGGAAUGGACUCUGUGGGCUACAUGCCACGGGCUGGGGCCGAGAUGAGUUCCCACCUGCCGGCUCUCUGCCCUGUGUCCACCUGGGUGACAGCGCAGAGCUGCCCUUGGCCCAUCUCCUCACCUGCCCAAGCCAGCUGCCCCUGCUGUGUGUAGAGACUGAACCGGCUGCUGGCUGGUUGUCUCUGCCCGCCGAAGGGGCAGGAGUAACUCGCUGGGGGGGGGGGCGGCUCCUCAGCGUCUUCCCAGCCUGCAUUGGAGCGGGUUGGGAGGUGUGCAGGGGCAGAGGGAGGGGCCCCAAGCACAGCCGGCAUGGGGACAGCGUCUUCUAGGCGAUCUCCCCAGCUUGCUUUGGCCGAGCCUCCCUCCCGCUCCAUGGUGGGGGCUGUCUCACCUACACAGCUUCUUGUCCGUGGCCCACGUUCUACUGCCGGCACCCCCCUGAGAGCUCAGGGGCCCUCUCAGCCAGUGGUUCCUGAUCUGGCCUCAGCCUCCUCCCCACCUCCCACCCAGGGAGGAGCCUGCUGGUGGGUAACAUGAGAUGGUUCAUCGGAGGGCUGGGGUCUCUGGGGCCCUGCAGUUGCUGACACCAGUGCGGGGUGCUCCUAUUCUGCUCUGAUGACAUGGCACGCUCUGUACGGCUGUAAAUGGCCCCGCAGGGCAAUGGAGAAAUGGGGACUAGGCCUGCAAGUCAAAUGAGCUUGGCCCCAGGUUCCCGGACGCAGCAGAGCUCUGGCGCUUGGUGCUGCAGGGAGCUUGGGGGUGGGGUGAUGCUGAGGCUGGGAAAGGGGGGAGGGGAGGACGCUGGUUCAUAGCCACGCCUAGAAGAUGGAAUGGAAAUCCCACGGGCAGCCUCUCCCAUGGCAGAUACAGCACUGGCUGUGCAGCCAUCUAACACCCUCGAGAGCAUCCUUCCCUUGGCCUGUGGGGCAGGCGCAACCCGAUCCUGGCUCUUGGGCUCCUGCUGCUCUAGGGGCCGGGCCCUUUCAUCGCUCGCCAGCAGGACCCCAGAGCAAACCCCAUCCCAGUGGGGAACUUGCAGCCCUUCCCUGGUGCUAGGCCAGGAUUGCACCAGCCUGCCCUGUGCUGGGGGCUCAUGGCCUGCAGGGCACUGGGUGGGUGCAGGUGGGAAAUCACUGGAUGAUUUAUUAAACGAGCUCUUUUCUGGUAGCUUUGUUCUUCCAGAACUCGGGUUCUACCAGGGCCGAGGCACCUGCUCCCCUAGGGAGCUUUUCUGCGGUCCUAAAGAGUGAUUCCCCCCAAGACUGGCCGAAGGGGUGUUUUGUGGGGGGUUUCUGUGGCCUGAAUUUGAUUUAAUUUCUCCUCAGGAAAUCAUCCCCCUCCUCUGUGUAAAAUUACCUAGCCCCGUGGCCUUAUUAAUUCUGACUUCUAGAAUAAAUGCAACCAGGUACAAGGAUAUUUUAUGAAUAAACACAUAGAACUG